UUUGUCAACAACAAGCUCGAAGCUACUGUACGUUGAACAUUCAAAAUCCACUACAUCGGACGCAACGCUUUUGAAAUUGCUUACUUGCGUUCGCAUUUGGAUGUGUUUUUUUAUCGGAUAUUGCUCGAGUUAUGAAUUAAUGUUUAUAAUGUGAAAAUAAUAAAAUAUUGACGUCUCGUUCAAAACACGAAGUGAGAUCCAAUGGCUUGACAUAAUUUCAUUGACAGAUUUCAUUUUUUUGACAAGCCUGAAGACGCCCCAGGAUGAUUGCGCAGGUCUUCAUCUUGUCCUCGAAAGGCGACCGCCUCGUCUACAAAGACUUCCGGGGAGACAUCGGGAGUGACGCUGUUGGCCUUUUUUAUGACAAAGUGACGGCGCUGACUGGAGACCAGCCUCCUGUUGUCAUGACGCACAGAAACGUCCACUUUGUGCACGUGUGGCAGGGAGGACUGUACCUGGUCGCCACCACCAUCGCGGCAGACUCGUCCCCCUUUGCCAUCAUCGACUUCCUCAACAGGUUGGCUGCGCUCAUCAAAGAUUACUGCGGUGCUCUGUCGGAGAAGACGGUGCAGAUGAACUUUGCGCUCAUCUAUGAACUUCUGGAUGAGAUGCUGGAUUACGGCUAUGUGCAGUCCACGUCAUGUGACGUCCUGAAGAACUUCAUCCAGACGGAGGCGCUGUCAUCGCGACCCUUCAGCCUGUUGGACCUCGCCAACGUGGGGCUGUUUGGAGCCGACACGCAACAGAGCAAAGUGGCGCCCAGUUCUGCCGCCACCAGGCCUCUGCAGGGAGGGAAAAGUGAGAUCUUUGUGGACGUCAUUGAGAGGAUGUCCGUUGUCAUGAGCACCAGCGGCGUGCUGAUGAAGGCGGAGGUGGAGGGUGAGGUCAAGGUCAAGUGCUUCCUGCCCAGCUGCUCGGAGAUUCGCAUCGGCCUCAACGAGGACUUGAGCGUCGGCGGCUCACAUCUCGCAGGUUACGGCGCGGCAGUCCGCGUGGACGAGUGCAGCUUCCACCCAGCCGUCCGACUGGAUGACUUUGAGGCUCACCGCAUCCUGCGAAUCAGCCCCGGCCAGGGCGAGCAAAGCGUCAUGCAGUACCGACUGGCUGACCGACUGCCCUUGGCCCCGCCCUUCCGACUCUUUCCCGCCAUCGAGAAGGACGCCGCCGGAAGGCUGCUGAUGUUCUUCAAGCUACGCUGCGACCUGCCGCCAAAAAGCUCGGCGGUCAACGUGAGCGCCAGCAUCCGCGUUCCCAACGGUUGCAUCAGUUUGUCGCAGGAACUCAGCAGUCCCGAUCAGAGUGCCGAGCUGCAGCCGCAAAACCGAGCCGUCGUCUGGAAAGUUCCGCGCUUCCCCGGGGGAACGCAGCUCUCCGCCGUCUUCAAGCUGGACAUUCCCGCCCUAAGCUCCGCCUCCAUGAUGGAGGUGGGUCCCGUGUGUUUGACCUUCGAGCUGCCCAAGGUCACGGCCAGCGGCCUCCACGUGCGUUUCCUGCGCCUGGUGCCCACGCAACAUCGCGGCCCCACCCAGCGCUGGGUGCGCUACGUCACGCACUCGGACUCGUACGCUAUCCGCAUCUGAGGUGGCGGCAGCGCUCCCGCAGGCGGCGGACGGAACUGAUUUCUUUUGCGUUGCAAACACGACGACAUCAUGAUGUGGUGAUGAGAUGAUGUCACCACAAUAAAGAAUGAUUUUUAAUUUCAAUUCAUUAUACUGUAUUGCGUAGGACUUUUGUGUUUACUUUUUAACAUAAAGAAAUAUUAGCACUA